AUGGGAAAGAUCCAAAACUUUGUCAGUACUUCUAGUGCAUCAAAUAAACCUUUUGUUCCCUACGGUAAAAAACAAGAAGGCGAGACCAAUGCUGCCUCCAUCAUUCGAACAAGAAAUCCCACUUAUCCACAAGUAACUGCCAUAGCUCCCGUCCAACCAAGUCAACAAAAACCAUUUGCAAUUCCUGUUCAAACUCAACAAAAACAACGGUAUCAACAACAACUGCAACGUCAGCAACCACAAUAUCAACAACAACAACAAAGGAUGCGAAGGCUCGAGAGAAGAUUUGACCCAGUUCCCAUGCCUUAUAGCCACAUUCUACCAUAUUUAUUGAGGGGAUCACUUGUGCAACUAAGGGAGUUAGGACACCCACCAGCGGUUCUUCCUCCCGGCUAUGAUGCAAAUACCCGCUGUGAAUUUCAUUUUGGCGCUCCUGGGCAUUCGAUCGAGAAUUAUAAAGCAUUAAAGUACAAGGUUCAAGAUCUUAUUGAUUCUAAGGCAAUCACGUUUUCCCCCAAGGGGCCGAAUGUAAAUAAUAACCCGAUGCCCCCUCACAACAAUGCAUCAGUGAAUAUGAUGGAAGCUGACAAUGGAAGGAGAUUGAUGUCUUGUGUGGACAAGUUAAAAACACCACUCAUCGAGAUCAAGAAUGCUUUAAUGAAGAAUAAUGCCUUUCCCAUCUGUGGUAAUGACUGUGAACACUGUCUGAUUAACCCGCAACAAUGUAGAACAUUGAAGUCUGUCAUACAAAAAUUAAUGAACCAAGGGAUCUUGGUGGUAGACUACCCAUCCACAAAGGAAGAUGUGUCUACCCUCGAGAUACCAUAUGACGAAGUCCCUCCUCUACAAAUUCGAUAUGACUUCUCUCAGUUAACUCUGUUGACAAAUCCUGUUACUCCAAUCAUAAUAACAUUUCCCACACCAUUCCCACAUGUUGACACCAAGGCAGUCCCAUGGAUGUAUGACACCUCAGUCUACAUUCAUGGUCAGAAGAUUCAAGAAGAACCGUUAAAGUCUAGUGAUCCAAUGAUCAAUAUCACCGGCACUAGCGGAAUCACGAGAAGUGGAAGGAUAUUUGUGUCAACACCCACUCUAAUUGGAACUAUCAAUCCUUCAACUUCAGACAAAGGCAAACAAAUUGAUGGCGCUCAACAAAGACAAGACCCCGCACCUUCCAAUGAAGUAGACGAGUUCUUACGCAUUAUCAAGAAGAGCGAUUAUCGAGUAGUUGAUCAGCUUAACCAGACACCCUCGAAAAUCCCAAUGUUGUCUUUAUUAAUGUGCUCGGAGGCCCAUAGGGAUGCUUUGGUAAAAUUUCUGAGGACAGCUCACGUGCCGCAAGAGAUACCAGUUUGUCAGUUUGAAGGAGUAGUUAACAAUAUCGCUACUAGCUUAAGCUUGGGAGAAGGGGAGAUAAGGGAAGUCCCGCUCCAAUCAUUUGAAGUUAUCAAUGUUGAAAUGGUUUGUCCAUCAAGGGAUGAAUCAAAAGAUGCUGAAUCCCCCAUGGCAUCCCUUAAAGAUGCCCUGAGAAUCAUAAAGGAUGGACACCCCCAAGGAUGGGGAAGAUUGCUUGAACUUCCUGCCAACAAGGACCGCACCGGUUUGGGAUACAACUCCCAGAAUUUGAAGAAGCCUGCGCCGAUAGCUACAAGGGGAUCAGUGCUCCCGCUAUCCGAAAACUUCUUAAGUGCUGGUUACCUGGAUGACAAUCGUAUAUGUGUCGUGGAAGAAGAAGAAGAAGAAGAAGAUGACAGGUUGAUCUUCACAAAGACUGAUGGAAAUGGUGCCACCAAAUGGACCGAGAUUGAAAUACCUAAAGUGAUCUUGAUUGAAAUGUAA